CCUUGAAAGUUGUUGCGGGUAGUGCCUAUGAAAACCGCAGUACCCCCCGCUGCGUCGUGUAUCACCGACGAGAUUAUGUUAUCCACUUGCAAUGGUGUCAAUGUCAGCGCGCAAACACCUACGCCCGGAAUCUCUUCCAUAGCAUCUACAGAGGCAGACUCCAUUGGACGUAGUAGUGGCCAGAGGUCGGUCAGGACAGAAGUCACGAAGUAGACCGUUGUGACGAUCGACCGGGCCGAGAGCGCCGAACCUAGUUUUCAUGCACGCACUCACCAUUCGGCAGACGUUAAGUCGUGCCUUUAGCUCGCAAUCACGCGGCCUCUCGCGCCUUACCGCGGUGCGGGAACGAGGCGCCCCGAUCGAUGUGCAUCCGGAAGUCGAAGACGCGCUCGCGACGAACAAGCCUGUCGUCGCCCUCGAAACCGCUCUGACCACACACGGCCUGCCGCCGCCCGUGAACCUCGACGUCACCAAAGCGCUCGAGACCUGCGUCAGGCAAAGCGGUGCCGUCCCUGCGACGAUCGGGGUGGUUGGAGGACGCGUGAAGAUCGGUCUGCGUGACGCAGACUUGGAGAGGCUCGCAGACGUUACGCGGCAGCCGCGCUCUGUGAAGAUCUCCCGUCGGGAUAUUGCUCCGGCGCUCGCUCUGAAAGCGGACGGUGGGACUACUAUCGCUGCCACCACUAUCUUUGCGGCUAUGGCUGGGAUCAAGAUAUUUGCAACGGGCGGGUGAGCAUCGCCCUAUCAGUUGUGCUGAUUUACCAUGCCGACCUGAUUUAACCUCGAGACUCGGAGGCGUCCAUCGUGGUGGAGAAUCUUCUCUGGAUAUCUCAGCCGACUUGAACGAACUGGCGCGCUGCCAAGUGGGAGUUGUCUCUGGGGGCAUCAAAUCCAUUCUUGACAUCGGGCGGUUUGUGCUUCCUUUAGUAGGUUGAAUAUCCAGUUGACACCAUCGCAGGACACUCGAAUAUCUCG